UUUUUCAGUCAGUGUUAUCUUCUUUCUUUUUCAAACAAUAUAAAAUUAAAAAAAGAAAAGAAAUAUCUAAUAUGAUCUCCUUUGACAGUCACUGAGAUGGCUAUUUUAGGGCCGGGGCUAUUUUGAUCCUUGAAACGUGUCUCUUUUAAAAGGAAAUUUUCAUCAGCCUAUAUAAAGACUCUAAAGAGCUGAACAUUGACCCAGAUUUUAAUGACUACAGAAAGUUGUAGGGCCACAGCCCAAUGAGACAAUUGGUCCCUGUGCCCUAUAGUAGCGCGCCAAACAGUUCCAACAUUCAUUAACCCAUUUCACCAUCGGCGUUGUUGUGCACUGCAAACGGACAUAACGGCAACGCUUCUUCCCUUCCUCUACAUUUCCCUUCACAAUUUCCAACAAUUUUGGCGGUGGCCUACAGAGGGGCAAGCAACAACCAUGGCCCCCGGCCGACGUUCGGAUAGAAGCUUGUUACAAGACCUACUCUUAUAUGCAGCCAGCAUCGCUUUCAGUUGCCUGGUCCUCGCCGGCUUCAAACAACUAAACCCAAAUCGUGAUGCCUCUAAGAAAUCGAUUGCGAACAAAAAUGCCAUCUCCAAACGCCUUGGUCGCCCCCUCAUCCACACUGACCCUUACGAGGAUGUGAUAGUGGGUGAUGUGGUGAACCCAGAUCACAUAGACGUAGAAUUCGACUCUGUUGGUGGGCUUGAUAGAAUAAAAAAAGCACUAUAUGAGUUGGUUAUUCUUCCUCUUAAGAGGCCUGAGCUUUUUGCUUAUGGCAAACUUUUGGGUCCCCAAAAAGGGGUGCUUUUGUACGGACCACCAGGGACCGGGAAAACCAUGCUUGCCAAAGCCAUUGCAAAAGAAUCUGAGGCUGUUUUUAUUAAUGUCAGAGUUUCUAAUUUGAUGAGUAAAUGGUUCGGUGACGCCCAAAAACUAGUGGCUGCUGUCUUUAGUUUGGCUUAUAAGCUGCAACCGGCUAUUAUAUUUAUCGACGAAGUGGAUAGUUUUCUGGGGCAACGACGAGCCACGGACCAUGAGGCAAUGGCUAUUAUGAAAACUGAGUUCAUGGCCUUGUGGGAUGGUUUUACCACCGAUCAGAAUGCUCGAGUUAUGGUACUUGGUGCAACUAAUCGUCCAGCAGAGCUUGAUGAGGCAAUUCUUAGGCGUUUCUCCCAGGUUUUUGAAAUUGGAAAGCCUGACUGUGAUGAUCGAGAAAAGAUAUUGAAGGUGAUAUUGAAGAAUGAAAGAGUGGAGGACGCUAUUGAUUUGUACCUCAUAGCUAGAUUAUGUGAAGGUUACACUGGUUCUGAUUUAUUUGAGCUCUGCAAACAAGCAGCAUAUAUUCCUCUCAGGGAUCUCUUAAAUGAAGAGAAGGCUAAAAAGACACGUCAAUUACAGGCACCAAGACCAUUGUCGCAGUUGGACUUUGAGAAAGCUUUAUCUGCUUCCAUGAAAACAAGCAUCGGUGUUGAUGAGCACAAUGGGUAUAGCUCUUGUUCAUCAACAUAAGUUGAAUGCAAUCAAUUGGUUACUGGAUUGAGUUGUGAUGGAGCACAUGCAAAUUUUGAUAUUCUUGAAUACUAACCUUGAGUAAGAGCCUAAGCCACUCCUCGCUGUUUAAGUUAUAGUGUUAUUCAGUGAAUAGAAAAUUCAGAAAUGUACUAGGCUUAUAAACUUGAUACUUGACUUGGAUUCAUUGUUCUGAAAUAUUUGUGGGUGUGGAGGAGUGUUCCACUGUGGCCAUAUUUGGAAUUUAACAGAAGAAUACAUUUUAUAUAAAAGCAUGAGAUCUUAAAUGGAA